UGAAGGCAAAAAUGUUGUUUCGCCUGACCCUUUUGGCCCUGGUUGUCCUGAUCGGAAGUUGCGAAGCUGCAGAUGGGGACGUCAAUAUUUGCUCCAAUGUGGCUGACAAUAUGUUCGUCCCCCACGUGGGCAACUGCUCCAAGUACUUCCUUUGCAUGAGUGGAAUUGCCAUUCCGCGUGAAUGUCCUACCAGCUUCUACUUCGAUGCUAAAAGUCAGGAGUGCUUGGACGCUAUUGAUGUCCAGUGCAUUCCAUCCUGCAAGGCGCGAGGAUUGGGCUCCUUCAACUACGAUCGCACGUGCACCAAGUACGUGCUCUGCUUCGAUGGAACACCGGUGAUCCGGCAGUGCUCCGAUGGACUCCAGUACAAUGCCCAGACCGAUCGCUGUGACUAUCCGCAGUACGUGGACUGUGUGGACAACCUGUGCAUCCGGGAUAACAAUCCAGACGCCAUCGUUUACAUUGCCAGCAAGGCGCGUUGCGACAAGUACUACGUGUGUUUGGAUGGACUACCGAAUGUGCAGAAUUGCUCCAGUGGUCUGCAGUACAAUUCAAAGACCGAGAGUUGCGAUUUCCCAUCGAGGGUCAACUGCACGGUGGAAACCCUUCAGAGGAAUAUCCUGCCUUUUGCCCGAGCUCCUCCACGUAGUGCGGACAUCAAGUGUCCUUCGAAGGGAUCCCACUUUAUUGGCCACCCGAAACGCCAGGAUGCGUACUACUACUGCCUAAAUGGACGCGGAGUCAUCCUGGAUUGCACUCCUGGUCUGGUUUUCGAUUCCAAGCAUGGAGAGUGCCGGGAACCACAGUUCGUAGAGGUCUAA